AGGUUGUUGUUUGUGUACAGAAACAGAAAGAGAGAGAGAGACACACAGAGAGAGAAGCGAAUCUGCAAAUCUAUUAGUGGAUCCAAUAGAAAAAAGAGAUGCAGGAAGAAAAGCCUCUUGUUUUUGCCUACUAUGUCACCGGCCAUGGAUUUGGCCACGCCACCCGUGUUGCCGAGGUGGUUCGCAAUCUCAUCCUUCUAGGACAUGAAAUUCACGUGGUUACAGCUGCUUCGGAGCACAUUUUUACCACUGAUAUACAGUCACCUAAACUCUUCAUCCGGAAGGUGGUAUUAGAUAUUGGAGCCAUUCAAACAGAUGCGUUGACGGUUGAUCGUCUUGCAUCCUUGGAGAAGUAUGUUGAGAUAGCUGUGGUACCUCGGGAUUCUAUAUUGUCAACUGAGGCUGAAUGGCUGAAAUCCAUAAAUGCUAGUUUAGUGGUAUCUGAUGCUGUCCCUAUUGCAUGCCAAGCAGCAGCAGAUGCUGGAGUUCGUGCUGUUUGUGUGACCAACUUUAGUUGGGACUUCAUAUAUGCCGAAUAUGUUAUGGUGGCUGGACGUCAAAGUCACUCUAUCAUUUGGCAGAUAGCUGAAGACUAUUCUCAUUGCGACUUCGUUAUACGUCUCCCAGGAUACUGCCCAAUGCCUGCUUUUCGAGAUGUGGUUGAUGUACCUCUUGUAGUUCGGAGAUUACGCAGGUCACGGGCUGAGGUUAGGAAAGAGCUUGGAAUUGCGGAAGACACAAAAGUUUUGAUUUAUAAUUUUGGCGGACAGCCAGCUGGGUGGAAGCUUCAGAAGAAGUAUCUACCCGAUGGGUGGAUAUGCUUGGUUUGCGGAGCAUCAGAAGGGAAGGAGCUUCCAGAAAAUUUUAUUAAACUUCCAAAGGAUAUUUAUACUCCUGAUUUUAUUGCAGCCUCAGACUGCAUGCUGCUUGGUAACCUUACAGCAAACAUCUUGCAAUAUUUUUCUGAUGAAUGA